AUGGACUCUCUCGCGCUGCUUGCUUUCAGUGUGCCCCUAUCAGCCUGGGGUUUGAGUCGUGCCUAUGUCUGGCUCAUCGUUGAGAAUGGCCACGCCACGCUGUCAUCCUAUCUCUUCUUCCUCGCCCUCUCUGCGCUCGCCGUCAAGUUGAGCCUGUCGCUCUUCAGGAAGCACCGCUUUGAAUGCCGCUCGCGCGCUCUCGGCUGCGGGCCUGUGGCCGUUAGCCCACACAAAGACCCUGUCCUGGGCUUGGAUGGUUUUCUCAAGGCGUUGCGAGCCCUCAAAAGCCACAAGCUUCUCGAUUUCUACGCCGUCAAUUUCGCAUCGUACGGGAAAACCCACUACACCAUCGCCCUGGGCAAGUGGGUGCUCAUGACCAAUGAAGCCGAGAACAUCAAAACGAUUCUGAGCACCAAGAUGGAUGACUGGCCCAUCGCCGGACCAAGACUCUUUGCCACCCUGCCAGUACUAGGGCCGAAUAGCAUCUUCACGAGCAACGGGGAGGCGUGGCGCAGGGCGCGAGCCCUGCUGAAGCCCUCCUUUGAGCGAGAUCAGCUGACCGACCUCAGAUGCUUUGACCGACACAUUGGAAACAUGCUAUCCAAGAUUCCCGCCGAUGGCAUCGCCUUCGACAUGCAGAGCCUGCUGCUGGACAUGACUAUGGACUCCUCAACGGAUUUUCUGCUGGGAUACUCGACCAACUUGCUGACCAAAGCCUCGCCCGAGGCCGAACACUUCGUCAACAACUUCGAGUAUGCCAGCCGCGAGAGCGCUAAGAAUGCUCGUCUUGGACCGAUCCUGUACUACCUACCUCAUCCUGGGCUGCAGAAGGCUGUGCACGCGCUGCGGGAAUAUGUUCGGGUCUACCUAAAAAAAGCCAUGGCUGAAAAGGAGCAACACGCCGGUAUUAAACAUCGCAGUUACGUCUUCCUCGACGAGCUUCUCAAGGCGAACCCCCCGGAAGACUACACAAUUGACCAGAUCAUCUCGAUCCUUAUUGCUGGGCGAGACACCACGGCCGUCGCCAUGACGGCCGUCUUUUAUUUUCUGGCUCGGAACCCGGCUGUAGUCAACAAGCUGAGGGCCGAAAUCAGCAGCAUAAGCGGCGACACCCCAACGUGGGAGCAGCUGAAGCAUAUGAAGUAUUUGAACAACAUCGUCAAAGAGUCAUUACGCCUCUUCAGCCCCGUGGGAACAAACUCGCGAACAUCCAACAAGGAGACCCUCUUACCACGGGGCGGCGGCAGAGACGGCAGCAAACCGAUUCUUGUUCCAGAGGGCACGCCGGUGCGCUGGUCAAGCCACGUGUUGCAGCGGAGCAAGGAAGUGUAUGGACCCGACGCCGACGAGUUUCGGCCCGAGAGAUGGGAUGAUCUCCGAGUUAGUUGGGAGUACAUCCCCUUCAGCGGAGGGCCUCGAAUUUGCCCCGGCCAACAAUUCGCACUUACCCAGAUCGCGUACACUUUGUUCAAGUUUUUCAAAACCUUCCAUGCUAUUGAGGCGCAAGAUUCCGGUCCGUUCCUGGCUAAAGCGAGCUUGACCAACUCGCUUCCUUAUGGUUGUCUGGUCAGUGUGAGACGUGCUUGA